AUGUGGCAUUUAGACGCUCCUCCAACAAUCUGCUCCAAAUGUUUUCCAUAUUUGUUCAGCCUCCUGGACUCACACACCAGGAACAACCCAGCCAGCACCAGCAUGGGCAAGAAGGAGAAGAAGCCCCCGCGUGCAGGGGGCCAGAAGGGCAGUGGCUCCGCGGCGAUGCCGAAGGAGGAGGAGGAAGGCGGCRGGGACCCCAAGGCGGGCGCCGAGGAGGCGCCCCCCACUUGUUGCGGCUGCCGCUUCCCGUUGCUGCCGGCGCUGCUGCAGCUGGCGCUGGGCAGCGCCGUGGCCGUGCUCGGCUUCCUGGCCGCCGCCAUCAGCUCCUCCGUGCUGCUCAGGGACACGCCGCACUGGGCUGGGAUCUGUGUUUGCAUGGUGUCCUUAGUUGGAUUUGUUAUGCUCUGCAUUUCAUACCAACCUGAUGAGAAGACAUGCAUGCAGUUCACGAUAAAGCUCAUGUAUUUCCUGCUGAGCGCCCUGGGGCUGGUGGUGAGCGUUGUGGCGGUGGCGUUCGCUGCGCACGGGUACUUGCAGCUGACGCGCUUCACCUGCGACACCGUCCGCGAGUCCUGCCACUGCAAAGUGGACGCCGAGGACCCCCUGGGCAGGACCUUCGUUUACCAGGACGCGGCAGACUGCAGCGGCGUCACCAGCACGCUCCACCUCUACUUGCUCCUGCAGAUGGUCCUCAACACGGCGGCAGCGCUCGUGUGCCUCGCGGCGUGCUUCGUCAUGUGGAAGCACCGCUACCAGGUUUUCUAUGUGGGCGUUCGCUUCUACCCCUUAGCGGCCACCCAAGGGCAGCAGCAGAAGGUGUAGGGUUGGGGCUGGGGAGAUGAAGGGUGUCAGGGUGCUGCCACCACGGACACCCGCAAUGGAUGAGCGUUUAUAAGAUUUCUGAUAAGGAAAAGCAUUCACACGUUUUUAAUGAAUAUAUUUUCUUCGGUCAUUUUUAAGAGCAAUGCAUGUGGCUGGGAUCACGCAAGUCCUCUUGUGAGACGACCUGUGCAGCUGCACAAAUAUUCACCAAAGAGCUCCUUUAAUAGCCAUAAACAAACUGAGAGCUUAAAACUCGUUGCAAAUUCAUCUGCAAGGCCUAGCCAUUAAAAUAUAGGGACUACUUCCUUCACUGGU